AUGAGCGAAAGAGCACAAACCAAAUCUCCGACGCCGCAAGUGGUCGAGGUUGAAAGUGAGGACGAUCUUGGGUCCCCUGUCUUUCCGAGCUCAAACUAUGAUGUGCUCCGACAAAAUAAUGUUAUUGAAGUCACCAGUGAUGCUUCAGGUGAUGAGGACGUGGAAAUUGUCGCAGAAAAUAGUACUCACUCAAACAACGACGACGUCGAAAUUACUGGUCACACAACGGCGGACCCUCCCAUGUAUGAAAUAGAAUUUCCUGGUGGGCCUCCUAGUCGACCCCGGUCCAUAGAGCCUACGCUAUCUCGACCGACGGUGGGUGCUCGUUCCCUUGAUACCCCGUUCUCACGAAACGUUCGAAGACGCCCGAAUCCCAGACAGAACAGAAACUUAUACCAAGCUAGAUUCUACCCCAGAGUACAGAACCCGCUAUGGCUUAGCUAUGAUGAUAUUCCAGCCUUCUUGGCGGAACAUAGUCCUCAAACUCGACUAUUCUUCCAGGGCCAAGGAGACGGUGAUAUAUCCUCAGCAAUCAUGGACAGAAUCAGUCGUGAGGAAGAAAACUCUCUUGAUCGUAAGAUGGAGUCCGAAAACAGGCACAAUAGAAAAGUUCUUGAGAAGAAAAAGGGAGUUGCAUGCGACGAACUAGACGGUUACACAAAUGACAUUGCUCCUGAUGAUAACGUCAUGUGCGAAUUGUGUGGUAUUGUUUUGGGAGAGGGCAUUCCAACGGACUUCGAGCCCGACUUGAAAUAUGACGAGAACCUCGAGGUACAUGCGUCAUCAUCACAAGUCAUGGCGCCGUGGUAUUGCAUAAGACAGUGUUUCAGUACAGACAGAGAGCUUUCUAAACGGGUAUUUGCUGCAAAAUGUGGCCAUGUUUUCUGUGGUCGUUGUAUCAAAAAUAUCGGAAACCGACCGCCAUCCAAGCGGGGUAAAAACUCCAAUCACAUGACUACACUAAAUCCCCAAAUUUCGGCUCCUCGAAAGUGCCCGGCUGAAGAAUGUGGCGUUGCAUUCAACAAAAGCAAAAAAACUUUUCUAGAAAUUUUCCUAUAG